UGUCUUCACCCAUCUCCUUUUCUACCACCUCCUUCUCCUCCCCUCUCAUCUCCACCCCUUUUCUGGGUCCCACCUCCUCAGCCCUACUUCAUCUUCUCUUCCUUCUCUCCCUCUUCUCCGCCAGUCUGUCCCUCCCUUCUUCUCCCCAAGUUCCACCCUCCCCCCCAUCAUCUUCCCACUCCCAGGGUGCAUUGCUUUAUUUGGGCUGGUAGCUCUGGGAGAUGAGCUCUGGCUGCACAGACUGACCUCUGAGGACCAGAGAAAGGGGAGGGGGAGAAGGCAGAGCCCAGCCCAGCCUUCCCUUCCCCUCCCCUCCUCUCCUCUCCUCUUUCCUCCUCUCCCUUCCCCUGCCCUGCCCAUGGGCCACCUGCCCCAGCAGCUGCAGGAGAGGAGGAAGAGGAGGAGUGAGAGAAGGGGGGGAUCCGCCUAAAGGACCGAGGACAUCUCCACCUCAGGAGGGAAAAUAUUUGUGGCAAAAUGUGCCUCCGAGGGUGCUUGUUACUGCAGGGAGGAGGCCUCGCUCCAUUUCAUCUUUCUAAUGCGUUUCAACACCGCCGUGGAGAUUAGAACCCUCUUGGCAAGUUGCACUAUCCCCCUUUAGGGUCAUCUGGAUGUCAGCAUGGCAGCCUCAAACCUGGAGAACCAGUUGCACAGUGCCCAGAAGAACCUGUUGUUCCUCCAACGGGAACACGCCAACACCCUGAAGGGCCUGCACGCUGAGAUAAGACGCCUGCAGCAACACUGCACAGAUUUAACAUAUGAGCUGACACUGAAAAGUUCGGACCAGGCAGGAGAUGGAAGUUCGCGAAGUAACGAGCUGAAGCGGCGGUGCGAAGACCUGGAGGCCGAGCUCCGGGCCAAGGAGGCGGAGAACCAGGCGCUGCUGCAGGAGCUGGAGCAGAAGAACGCGCUGAUCGCGGUGCUGGAGACCACGGUGAAGGAGCGGGAGAAGAAGUACCUGGAGGAGCUAAAGCUCAAGAGCCACAAGCUGAGCGUGCUCUCGGGCGAGCUGGAGCAGCGCGCCGGCACCAUCGCCUACCUCACGUCGCAGCUGCACGCCACCAAGAAGAAGCUGCUGCUGAGUCCUGCCGACGCCGCCGGGGCCGGCAGCACCGCAGCCGCCUCCUCCUCGGGCCCGGCCGCCGGCGCCGCGGCCGCCUACAAGCCGGCGCCGCCCAAAGAGAAGCUCCCCGAGACCCCGAGGCGUCGCAUGAAGAAGAGCCUGUCGGCGCCGCUGAACCCGGACUUCGAGGAGGUGUACAGGCUGGGCUCGGAGAGCAGGAAGCUGCUCCUGCGGGAGCCGCUGGACGCCAUGCCCGACCCCACCCCGUUCCUGCUGGCCCGGGAGUCGGCCGAGGUGCACCUCAUCAAAGAGAGGCCGCUCGUCAUCCCCCCCAUCGCGUCGGAGCGCGGCCCGGGGGAGCGCAGCGCGGGGGAGCGCGCCCCGGGGGACCGGCACAGCCCGGCCCACCAGCACAGCCCGGCCCGGGACAAGGCGCACAAGGCGCACAUCGGCGUGGCGCACCGCAUCCAUCACGUCCCUCCCGGCCAGGCCCCGCCCGAGGUGGAGACGCUGGCGGUGGACCAGGUUCACGGGAGCAAGGUUGUUAGGAAGCACUCAGGGACUGAUAGGACUGUUUAAGGCAAGCCCGCGAGACCCUCUGUUCUCCUGCUGUUUAUGCACUGUGAUCACUACUAGGAAAAAAAAAUCGUCUACCACUUUUUUUCAAGUCCCAUGCAUGCCAAAUUUUUUCAGAUCUGUCAAAUUAUUCUCGUUUCCCUCCUCCUCCUCCUUCCCCCUUUACCGAAACCAAAAUAUGAUCGCGUUCCUAAUGCAGAAUAUGUAUUGCCCAAAUGCUGUGGCCAAAUACCCGUGUAUCCGAAUGCUUGCUUCUAACCCUGCACCAUUUAAUCGAAGUGCACACGUGGACAAGAGCACCGGCCACAGUCUGCAUUAUUACGUAAUGAUAAUGAACCCGAAUAGUGACAUACCUAAUUAUAAAGCUGGAACAACAUGGAUAAACUUACUUAUGAUACCCCUCUUGAGUCUUCAGCAUCUCCCGUAUGUAACCGUUCAUACAUACCCCUGGAGACCAUUGUAAUUUCACGACAAACCUUUCACAGGCAGCAUUGACAACAAUGCAGAUCUAUGUAUAUGUCAAAAGGAACUAAAUAAGAUUGACAUUACUCUUCAUGUCACCUUGAC